UAUAUAACACAAAUUUUGAUGCAGUACUCCUCCUCCAUCCGGUGUCUAUAACACAAUUUGAUGCAAUGUAAGAGGAGAGGAGACACAGUUUCCCAUCCCAAUAAACCACGCGUCAAAAUCCAACAGGACACCGACACGUUAAUUUCCGAGUCAAUCCCGGCGCACGUUGCUAACCUGCACUCUCUUCUCUUCCCCCCUCGUUCAUUCAUUUCAUUUUCUAAUAUUUCAUUCUCUUCUCUCUCUCUCUCUGCAAAAUUCCCUCCUUCAUCUUCUCGAUCCCUCUCUCUCUCUCUCUCUCUGCUGAUAAUUGUUGCAUCAUUCAUUUCAGUUUUUCUAUUGCAAAAUCUCGUUGUGAUUUCUGAAUGAUCAUCAAAUCCAAAUCAACACCACCCUUCAUCAAUCCAUUUUCAUUCCUCUAUUAACUCCACAACGCAUACUCUUCUUAUUCUUCAAUCCAUCACAAUAACACCAAUCUCGUUUCAAUUACACAAUUCCUAUUUACUUGCUUAGCUGCAAAAUUGUUCCAUCUCAGAUUAAUAACUAAAUCACAAUCUUAGCUUUUAGGUUUAGGUUUAAUUUUUUUUUAUUUUUAUGUUUUUGUUUUGUGCUGAUUGAUUGUUGAAUUGCAAAAUUUGGCAAUUGGAAUGCAAUGAGACGCCGCCCUGCGGCAGGGGUUCUCCCUGACCAAAUGGAAAAGGGAGGAGCUAAGAAUCAAAAUUCACGCCUUUGCUGUUUAGCAUUCCUAUCUGCAUUCCUUUGGUUGUUUCUCUUAUACUUCCAUUUUGUGUUUCUUAGAGGAGAUAAUAGUAAUGCAACUAUUAGUGAUCAAUUUGUUCAUGAUCACACAACCGAAUCAACAUCUGUUUCUGUUAAUCAUGAAUCUGCCGAAAUCCAUGUCCCCGAAGUGAAACCCCUUCCUAGAAAGAUUGGGUUACCGAAUCCGGUGGAGAUCAAGAAUUACAACCCUCCCCCUAACAAUAAAAAUUACCCUUUUAUUAAAGCUUUGAAAACUGCUGAAAAUAAGAGUGAUCCUUGUGGGGGAAGGUAUAUUUAUGUGCAUGAUCUUCCCUCCAGGUUUAAUGAGGAUAUGUUGAAGGAGUGUAAGAGUUUGAGUCUUUGGACUAAUAUGUGUAAGUUUACUACCAAUGCUGGUCUUGGACCUCCGCUUGAGAAUGUUGAAGGGGUUUUCUCUGAUACUGGUUGGUAUGCAACAAAUCAGUUUGCUGUUGAUGUCAUAUUUAGCAAUCGGAUGAAGCAGUAUCAAUGCUUGACUGAGGAUUCUUCCAUUGCUGCUGCAAUUUUUGUUCCAUUUUAUGCUGGGUUUGACAUUGCACGUUAUCUUUGGGGUUAUAAUAUCUCAAGAAGGGAUGCCGCUUCGCUUGAUCUUGUUGACUGGCUUAUGAAGAGACCGGAGUGGAAUAUAAUGAAUGGGAAGGAUCAUUUUCUUGUUGCAGGGAGGAUAACUUGGGAUUUCCGGAGAUUGUCUCAGGAAGAAUCAGAUUGGGGCAAUAAGCUUCUGUUUUUACCAGCAGCGAAGAAUAUGUCCAUGCUUGUGGUAGAGUCUAGCCCAUGGAAUGCAAAUGAUUUUGGGAUUCCGUAUCCUACAUACUUCCACCCUGCAAAAGAUGCUGAAGUGUUCAAUUGGCAGGACAGAAUGAGGGGAUUAGAGAGGAAGUGGCUUUUCUCAUUUGCUGGAGCUCCACGUCCUGGUAAUGCCAAAUCAAUCAGGGGUCAAUUGAUUGAGCAAUGCAGAAGUUCAUCGGUUGGUAAACUGUUGGAAUGUGACUUUGGUGAAAGCAAAUGUCAUUCUCCUAGCAGCAUAAUGCAGAUGUUUCAAAGCUCGCAGUUCUGCUUGCAACCUCAGGGCGAUUCAUAUACACGAAGGUCUGCCUUUGAUUCAAUGUUGGCUGGCUGUAUACCCGUCUUCUUCCAUCCUGGUUCGGCAUACACACAAUAUACUUGGCAUCUUCCUAAGAAUUAUACCAAGUAUUCAGUCUUCAUUCCAGAGGACGACAUUCGUAAGAGGAAUAUGAGUAUAGAAGAAAUACUUGGUCAGAUACCUCCUGAACAAGUAAAAAUCAUGAGAGAAGAGGUCAUUAGUCUCAUUCCAGGACUAGUAUAUGCUGACCCUCGCUCUAAGUUAGAAACUCUCAAAGAUGCAUUUGAUGUUGCUGUACAAGCAGUGAUUAACAAAGUUACAAAUUUGAGGAAGGAUAUUAUUGAAGAUCAUAUCGAUAAAAACUUCAUUGAGGAGAACAGUUGGAAAUAUGCUUUGUUGGAUGAGGGAAAGCAUGAGGUAGGAGCUCAUGAAUGGGAUCCUUUCUUCUCAAAACCAAAAAAGGAUGGUAGUGGAGAGUCCACUGAUUCAUCUGCUGAAGCUGCAAAAAAUUCUUGGAAGAAUGAGCAAAGAGCUAAAUGAUAAUAUACACUGGCUGCAGUGAGGUUUAAUACAGAUUGAGACAUGCUUCCCCUGAAUUCAGGAAGAGGUGCAAAUUUUUGCUGGGAUCUUGAUGUGAACUUACUGUUGAACAUGUAUCCAAGCAUAUUGAGUACUUAUUCUUUUGCUUUACACUUUUUUUUAUAGGUUUUCUUGCUUUCUGUUUCAUGUAUUCUACUUAGUGGUUCCUAGAAUGCGUUUUAGGAGUUUUAAUAAUUUAUUUUGUAAUAUUUUUGUUCAUUUGAUUUAUAUAGGAAAAAUAAACAAAUUUUAAUCACGGUUGAGUGUAAACUUGAACGAGUUUAAUCAUUGAAGUCUGGAUAGAUUGCUAUCUGUCGAUAAUAGCACAUUCAUUUUAA